CCCGCGCGCGGAAGGACCGGAACUCCGGGCGGGUGGCUUGUUGAUAACAUGGCGGCAGCAGCUGCCCGGGCAUCCCGAGGAGGCGGCAGCGCCCACACCCGGAAGAAGGGGCUGUUUUCGGGCUAGUGCGGCGGCUCCUGCGGACCCGGAAGUCCCAGCCAGCUGCUGAAUGAGGGGAGCAGGGUCCUCCCCGCGACAGUCCCCCCGCGCCCUCCGCCCCGACCCGGGCCCCGCCAUGUCCUUCUUCCGGCGGAAAGUGAAAGGUAAAGAGCAAGAGAAGACCUCAGAUGUCAAGUCCAUCAAAGCUUCAAUAGCCGUACAUUCCCCACAGAAGAGCACUAAAAACCAUGCCUUGCUGGAAGCUGCAGGACCAAGUCAUGUUGCAAUCAAUGCCAUUUCUGCCAACAUGGACUCUUUUUCAAGCAGCAGAACAGCAACGCUUAAGAAGCAGCCAAGCCACAUGGAGGCUGCUCAUUUUGGGGACCUAGGCAGAUCCUGUCUGGACUAUCAAACUCAAGAGACCAAAUCCAGUCUUUCCAAGACCCUUGAACAGGUCUUGCGUGACUCUGUUGUCCUCCCAUAUUUCCUCCAAUUUAUGGAGCUUCGGAGAAUGGAGCACCUGGUGAAAUUUUGGUUAGAGGCUGAAAGUUUUCACUCUACAACUUGGUCCCGAAUAAGAGCACACAGUCUGAACACAGUGAAACAGAGUUCUUUGGCUGAGCCUGUCUCUCCAUCUAAAAAGCCUGAGACAACGUCAGCAUCUUUUGUAACUGAGUCUCUGGACAAGAGGUUGGGGGAUUCUAGCUCAGCCCCACUGCUCGUGACUCCAUCAGAAGGAAUUGACCUGAGUGAUAGAACUCAGAACACUCAGAAUCACUUGCUGCUCUCCCAGGAAUGCCACAGUGCCCCUUCUCUCCAUCUUGAAAUGGCCAGAACAGGAGCUCCUCAAAUCUCCACAGACUCCCGAGAAUCCUCCCCCAGACUUACAGUAGCCAGUAGAAAUAGCCCCUCUUCUCCACUGCGAGAACUGUCAGGAAAACUUAUGAAAAGUAAGUAUGUGACGCCUGUGCCUCAUCACAGUGCGGGACUUCAAACGAGGAGGACGGGUCAGCAUAGAGUCUUUCUGCCUCCGGUGUACACCCAUAGGAGGCUCGGAGGAGUGGGGGAGCCUCGGUGGAAGGAAAUGCUGAGUGGGGACAGUGCAGCAGGGCCCUGUGCUGCUUGUUCUCACAUUUGUCCAAAUUGCUGUAGAAAUUCAAUUGCUAUUUCUUUCACAGCAAAGAUUUGUGGAGAAGAUGGACAGGUGGAUCCCAACUGUUUCGUUCUGGCACAGGCUGUAGUCUUUAGUGCAAUGGAGCAAGAGCACUUUAGUGAGUUUCUGCGAAGUCACCAUUUCUGUAAAUAUCAGAUUGAAGUGCUCACCAGUGGGACUGUUUACCUGGCUGACAUCCUCUUCUGUGAGUCAGCCCUCUUUUAUUUCUCUGAGGUAAAUUUUGCAUUUUCUUUUAUAUUUUGUAAGAAACUAAGUCACAUGAAGGACAUUGUUUCUCAAAGUCACAGAGCAAGACCGCUGCUUACACUUGUGUACAGUUUCAUUUUACUUUGGAUCUCUGUCUGCCAUAGUUACUUUUCCCUCCAAGCCACACACCCUCUUGGAUUUGAUGAUGUUGUCCGAUUAGAAAUUGAGUCCAAUAUCUGCAGGGAAGGUGGGCCGCUUCCUAACUGUUUCACGACUCCAUUACGUCAGGCCUGGACAACGAUGGAGAAGGUCUUUUUGCCUGGUUUUCUGUCCAGCAAUCUUUAUUACAAAUAUUUGAAUGACCUCAUCCAUUCAGUUCGAGGAGAUGAAUUUCUCGGAGGAAACAUUUCACUGGCUGCUCACGGCUCUGCCUGCCUUCCUGAGGAGUCUCACUCAGGUGGUUCCGAUGUCUCCUCUGCUCAGGUAUCAGCUAAUGUCAGUCUUUCAAUGAGAAGGAAGAUGUCCUUUGGAAGAGUCAGUGACUUGGGGCAGUUCAUCCGGGAAUCUGAGCCUGAGCCUGACGUAAAGAAAUCUAAAGGAUUCAUGUUCUCACAAGCUAUGAAGAAGUGGGUGCAAGGAAAUACUGAUGAGGCUCAAGAGGAACUAGCUUGGAAGAUUGCAAAAAUGAUAGUGAGUGACGUUAUGCAGCAGGCACACUGUGAUCAACCGUUGGAGAAAUCUACGAAGCUGUGACUCAAAACCAGAGAUAAGAAAAUAUGAUUUUGAAAGAACUUUUCCCUUUGGUUGGAUUCCUCAACACAGCCAAUGAAAACGGAGCACUGCAAUUCUUUCCACUGCUAGAUCACUGUUGUUUCCAAGAAAGAAUGCGAGACAGUCCAAGAUCUGUUGUUAAAUGUAGACAUAGAUGCCCAUGAUGGUAGCAGUGAGUCACAAGAUGCAAAGUGGCAUCGGUGACAUUACUAGACACUUAGUUUUCCAGUAGCUGUAACCCACUGUGAGAGAGUUACCCACUGGAAUAGCCUGGGACCACAUCCUGUGUGAGGCAGAAAGUGUGAGUUGCCGUGUGGGCCACAUGCUUGCAGCAGCCUCCAUCCUUAGCAGUGUCAGAAAGCACGAGAAAAGGAGCUUGUUUUUGUCCUCCUGAAAUUCACAGGUGAGUCAGUCCUACCGGAGCCUGCAGCUCCAAGUGGCGAUGUGGGCCAGCAGCUUGUGGAGCAGGUGACGAUCCCUUGUGUAGUCUUCCUUCACAGAGGCAUUAAUUUAGAAAGAGCGACAAGUCAUGGGUCAGGCCUCGUGAUGUCAUCCUUCUCUUUGGUGACAGACACAAUUUUCACAUUUCAUUCACUCCUGUGAUGUUACAUCCUUAAAGCUAGUCUCUCCUCUGCUAGCAAAAGGGCAAAUUUAGUUUACUUUGAACAUCAAGACCCAUUCCUCCAUAGGAAUGCCAUGCUCCCAAUACUUCAUUCCCUCUUCGGAAUACACAUGGAAAAAAAUAACUAUGACUCCAGUUUUUCCCAUGCGGCACUUGGAACACAUUCUUAGAUUUGAUUUUAUUUUUUUAAUAAGGCGGGGAAAGAAGCACUCGCUUUUGAGUGUCUCCACAAUUCUUCACUGUGAGUGGCAAAUGUGCAGUUGCCUUUCCCUUUCUGUUUUCAGACAGUCGGAAACUCACUCGCUGCCCUUCUGCUUAGUUGGCUUUGCACCUGUAGCACGGUCGUUGGUGGGGCCACCCAGUUGGCAAGCACACUCCCCUGGCCAUAUGGUGCCAGUGCUUCCUGUAUGUGACAUUUUAAAGAGAAAGGAAGUUUUCUUAGGUGUUACUGCUUUUGCUCAGAGUUUGCAAAAGAAUAUAUUUAUGUGUGUGUGUGUAUAUAUAUAUAUAUAUAAUUAUUAAUCACCUCUGUCCUUGGGAAAGUCUUGAAUGAAUAGAGAAUUUAUUUCAUUGCAAUAUUGAUUGUAUAGAGGCACACUGUUUAUCAACAGAAGAAACAAAAAGGUUGUGUAUAAGUUUUUGGUACUGUGUACCACCUCUGUUAUUCUGAAGUAUUCAUGUACCUAAACUAUAUUCUAUUUAAUUGUGUUUGAUUUUAAAUAUAUAUAUAUAUGAAUUAUAUUUAAAA